UAUAUCUUCUCCCUCAUUCUCACACCCAUCAAAAAAUAUAUAUACACACACACACACCGAUCCGAUGCGUUGUCUUCACAGGUACCGUUCGAUUUUAUCCCUUAUCUCUUCUCAAUAUCUUGACUUUUCCAUACUUAUCAGAAUUUCCUUUUUCAUCUCACCUUUAUAAUAUUUAUUUUAUCAUUAUUACCAAACAAACCCCCCUAAUUUGUCAGCUUUUUUUGUAUUUGGUAGGAAUUGUUAGAUAAAAAAAAAUGCCAUUGAGACGAUUUAAUUGUUUCCGAUGUGCUAUUAUUCAUAUCGGGUAUGACGUAGACUGAUUCAUAAUUCAUUUAGUUAAUUAAAUUUAAAAAAAAAAAACAUUUUUAUAGUUAAGGUUUUUGUCAUAUAAUUAUGCCUGCGCCAAAAGAUAUAAUGAAUGGAGAGGAUCCAUUGACAACGUUAUCCAUGGACAAUAGUAUUAUUAAUAAUAAUAAUAAUAAUAAUCAUUUUUUGUCAAUGGAUUCUAGUUUGUUUGAUAGGGAGGUGAAUCGGGCGGUGGAUCUUAGUCUGCCGCCCGAUAUUAACCUCCCUUUGUCGGCGGAGCCUAGUCCUCCGCCGCCGCCGUCGUCUUCAAUAAUGUUGUCAAAUGAUUCUUGUGAUAUGUUAGAUGGUGGACAUGGACAUCAUGGUUAUCAUGGUGAAACACAUAUUGGUGUUACUAAGAUUGGGAAAAAAUCGGCUAAACGCCUUGACAGUAUGUGGGGUGCUUGGUUUUUCUUUAACUUUUAUUUCAAGCCGGCGUUGAAUGAUAAGUCAAAGAAUACUAGCAAUAAGGGGAAUAGGGAGAAUAAUGGGUAUGAUAUUGAUAAGUCCCAAUUGAAAUUGGAUGUUUUCUUGGUUCAACAUGAUAUGGAGAAUAUGUAUAUGUGGGCUUUUAAGGAAAGACCCGAGAAUGCGUUGGGGAAGAUGCAGUUGAGAAGUUAUAUGAACGGUCAUUCUCGACAAGGGGAAAAGCCGUUUCCUUUUUGUGCGGAUAAAGGGUUUGUUAGGUCUCAUAGGAUGCAGAGGAAACAUUAUAGGGGUUUGUCGAAUCCUCAGUGUGUUCAUGGGAUUGAAGUUGUUCGUUCGCCUAAUUUGAUGGGGUUGGAUGAGGAAGAAAGGAGACGGUGGAUGGAGCUUACGGGGAGAGAUUUGAACUUUUCGAUCACUCUUGAAGCGAGUGAUUUUGGUUCGUGGAGGAAUCUUCCGAGUACGGAUUUCGAGAUUGAACGACCUCUAGUUUUGAAAGACAAUUUGUCUAAUGGUAAUCAUCAUCAUCAGCAGACGAAGAGAUUGUUAAGCAGUACUGGUUUCAACCAGUCGGCGCCACUAUUAGAUCAUGUGAACGGUGAUUUGAAUGGAAAUGGAAACGUAUAUGGGAUGGAUCUUUUGGCUAGUUGUAAUAAUAAACGAAGGAAGAACAACUCUCCUCGUAUCAACGAUGACGAGAGCUCAGAUUCAGUUCUUGACGUUCAUCACGCUGAACGACAUUGGGUAAGCGAGAUAUCUGGGGUGUUGAAAAGUGCUUAUGGCCCUGUGACAGCUGCCAAGACUAUUUAUGAAGACGAAGAGGGUUUCUUGAUUGUGGUAAGCUUACCUUGCGUUGAUCUUCAAAGGGUGAAAGUUACAUGGAGGAACACACUCUCACAAGGAAUUGUUAAGAUCUCGUGUGUGAGCACAGGGUGUAGACCGGUGUUAAAAAGGCAAGAACGGAUGUUUAAGAUGACCGAUCCAGCACCUGAACAUUGUCUGCCUGGAGAAUUUGUUCGGGAAAUCCAGCUUCCAACAGCCAUCCCAGAAGACGCUAAGCUUGAAGCUUACAGAGACGAAACAGGGACCAUGCUCGAGAUAAUCGUGCCAAAGCACCGUGUUGGACCUGAGGAACACGAGGUUCGCGUCUGCCUUCGUCCAUCUCAAACCGCUUGUAUGUUGACUUAGUAGAAACUACAUGGUUUAGUGUUUUUAAUUGUGGGUGUGGGGUUAUAUGAUGCUUCAUUGAUUCUACUAACCUUAUUUUACAAGUGGAAUCUCUGAAGUGGUGGCUUGAAUUAUACGAGUAGUAGUUUUUUCUUGUAUCUUUUGCUAUGUUUAAUGAAUCAUUUCAAGUGUAUUAUUAUUAUAGACAUUAUGGCUUUGGUGGUGUUUGUCUUA